GUCUGCCUGCGACUGUGUGUGUGUGUGUUGUAAAGUAAAGCGGAAUUUUAGUUUGUUUUUACUAAAAUCAUAGCGCCUUAUUAGCUAUAAUGAGUUUACAUAAAGCAAGGAUUAAACUUUUUGAAGAGAUGUUGGAUAACGAAGUGAUUGACAUCAGCUCUCUAAGAAAGUUAGCUUUCAAUGGUAUACCAGAUGAUAAAGGCUUACGGUCCCUUGUGUGGAAGAUAUUAUUGCACUAUGUACCGCAAGAAAAAAAUAUUAGAGAAACAACUCUAGUUAAUAAACGACAGCUAUACAAGCAAUACAUAAAUGAGAUCAUAGUAUCACCAGGAGGGCCCAGUGAUCAUCCCUUGAACAUCAGUCCGGACAGCUCCUGGAGCACCUACUUCAAAGACAAUGAAGUCUUGUUACAAAUUGAUAAGGAUGUUCGGCGCUUGUGUCCAGAUAUAUCAUUCUUUCAGUCGGCUACUGAAUUCCCAUGUCCAGAGAUUGUAAACAGCAAUGGAGUGAAAAGACUGCACAAAAGAGUAGAACAAUCCAUGCUGAGGUACUCUACUCUUGAAAGAAGAGGCCUGGGAGUGGCUAAGCUGAGUAACGAGAUCCGGCGAUCAGACAGCCAGCCCUCCGGCGACUACGAGCCGCUGAACGAGGGCUGCGAGGCGCACUGGGAGGUCGUGGAGCGCAUGCUGUUCCUCUACGCCAAGCUAAACCCCGGCCAGGGCUAUGUGCAGGGCAUGAACGAGAUCAUAGGGCCCAUUUACCACACAUUCGCGACUGACCCCAAUUCUGAAUACCGACAACAUGCUGAAGCAGACUGCUUCUUUUGCUUUACCAACUUGAUGUCCGAAAUUCGUGACUUUUUCAUUCGCACCCUCGAUGAGACUGAAAGUGGCAUUAACUACAUGAUGAACCGACUCUGUGACUGUGUGAAAAAGAAUGGGCCCCAAGUUUGGCAUCGAAUGGAAGUGCAGGAGCUUAAACCCCAAUACUAUAGCUUCCGGUGGAUAACCUUACUGCUGUCUCAAGAGUUUUCUCUGCCAGACGUAGAAAGACUGUGGGAUUCCUUAUUCGCAGACCCGAUGAGAUUUGAUUUUCUUAUAUACAUUUGCUGUGCCAUGAUUUUACUCGUGGAAGACAGUUUGCUCAAGGGUGACUUCGCGUCAAACGUCAAACUGCUCCAAAACUUCCCGCCCAUGGACGUCUCGCUUAUACUGAACAGGGCUGUUGAGAUAUCGCACAGAUAAUACGCAACUGUUAAUUUGAGCGGCUACCGCAAAAACCGAAAUUCGCAAAUUGCGGGGAUCUUUCUCUUUUACUCCAACGAAGGCGUAAUUAGA